AUAUUGGAAAGGCGCCGCCGCCGCCUCCGCUUCGGAGCUCGGGGCGAUUUGGGGGCUGCGGCCGCAGGCAGGAAGGCACUCCUCUCCUGCCCCGCCGAUGCCCGGCCAGCCCGCUUCGCCCUGACCUGUCUCCUCAUGACUGCCCCCGGCCCCGCUGCCGACGGACGUCGCCCCGGCGUCCGGAUUUAACACGGAAACCCGGGUCGGAGGCCGCGCGGGGAGGAGGAGGGCGACCCGGUCGGUCCCGCGACCCUCUCGGCCCGGCUUGGCGCCUCGGCGGGAGCCAUGACCUCGCUGACCCAGCGCAGCUCCGGCCUGGUGCAGCGGCGCACCGAGGCCUCCCGCAACGCCGCCGACAAGGAGCGGGCGGCGGGCGGCGGCGCCGGCAGCAGCGAGGACGACGCGCAGAGCCGCCGCGACGAGCAGGACGACGACGACAAGGGCGACUCCAAGGAAACGCGGCUGACCCUGAUGGAGGAGGUGCUCCUGCUGGGCCUCAAGGACCGCGAGGGUUACACAUCAUUUUGGAAUGACUGUAUAUCAUCUGGAUUACGUGGCUGUAUGUUAAUUGAAUUAGCAUUGAGAGGAAGGUUACAACUAGAGGCUUGUGGAAUGAGACGUAAAAGUCUAUUAACAAGAAAGGUAAUCUGCAAGUCGGAUGCCCCAACAGGGGAUGUUCUUCUUGAUGAAGCUCUGAAGCAUGUGAAGGAAACUCAGCCUCCAGAAACGGUCCAGAACUGGAUUGAAUUACUUAGUGGUGAGACAUGGAAUCCAUUAAAAUUGCAUUAUCAAUUAAGAAAUGUACGGGAACGAUUAGCUAAAAACCUGGUGGAAAAGGGUGUAUUGACAACAGAGAAACAGAACUUCCUACUUUUUGACAUGACAACACAUCCCCUCACCAACAACAACAUUAAGCAGCGCCUCAUCAAGAAAGUACAGGAAGCCGUUCUUGACAAAUGGGUGAAUGACCCUCACCGCAUGGACAGGCGCUUGCUGGCCCUCAUUUACCUGGCUCAUGCCUCGGACGUCCUGGAGAAUGCUUUUGCUCCUCUUCUGGACGAGCAGUAUGAUUUGGCUACCAAGAGAGUGCGGCAGCUUCUCGACUUAGACCCUGAAGUGGAAUGUCUGAAGGCCAACACCAAUGAGGUUCUGUGGGCGGUGGUGGCGGCGUUCACCAAGUAACUCUGCUCGGGGUGAACCAUUCUCCUUUCUCUCAUGUAAACCAGUAGUUUUUCUUCUGCUGACUUCUGGUUUUCUGUAAUUUGUACUUUCCCACACUGUAAUUGGCUUCUGUUUUACAAAAUGGUGGGUGGCUUUUUCUUUUUUGUAUGUAUACAGGAUUCUGCUGGUACGAGAGGCCUUCCUCUUUCUGUUUUUAAAAAAAGUUUUACUGCCAUAUUGGCAUUCCAUUCCCUGUUGCCAUCCUCAAUGUUACCUGUUUUGGGUUUCUGGUCUACUUUGACUUUCAAAGUACCUCCAGCCUCCUCAUACGCACAGCUUUUGGAUGACUUCAGCUUGAGUUUCUCCAUAUGUGCAUGUACAUCUGGCAUUCUGCCUACAGUUCAGACAGAAGUCACAAAAAGGCCUUCAACUCACCAAAGGUAAAUAUCUGUAUCUAUUAGGACAUUUUAUACAUAGACUUCAGUUGAGAUGUAUACUUAGCAAAAUUAUUUUUAAAUUGAAACAGCACAGUAAAUACUUAAUAUAAAAUGCCCCUUGGAUUUUGCUUCCCAUGUGAAUCUAUUGUAUUAUUACACUUGUUAUAAUUUUAACUAUAAAGGUCCAGUUGUUUCACAGAGCCGGUUUGGGAUGGGCUGCAUUCCAUUUAUGCUGUAUAUAGUUUGAAUUAUAUAUAAAUUACCCCUUCUUCUGGCCACCCCUGCUCCCAUCUUAGUAUUUUGCAAGAUUUAAUCGAUUGUACACCUGGUGCCCCUCACUUGCUUCAGUCAUGGUUAUUUGAUGGCAAAAUCGACCUCUCAUCACUGAAGGAGAGAGAAAAGAUGUGUGUCUGAUUGGUCCUGGGAUUUUUUGAGCUGUGCCAUUUAUGGUACUCUUUGCCUAUGCAUCCCCUUUUUAGAUUUUUUUUAAAAUUUUAUCUUACUGUUUUUAUAAUUUCUAUUGGGAAGAGGCUUGUGACCAGUACCAAUCUUGAGUUUCUUUUUCUGUCCACAAGUAAAUUAAUGUCUGCUCUGAAAUGUCAUUUAUCUACUCACACAUUCUUGGGGAAAAAAAUCAAAUGUCAGUCCUAGCAGAUGUUGCAUGUAAAUUGGUAGCAAGUAAUGAUUACAACCCAGAGGAUUAAGAAUUUUGUAACAGAAAGCUCUGCUAUGUUUUAAUUUUUUAUAUACAAUUAGGAUAAUUAGCAUCAUCAGACUAUAAACCUUUGCUUUUUAAAGUUUAUUUUUACUAUUUCUUUAUCACUUUAUUGUAUCAUCACCAUUGGUUUCAUAAUGUAAAUACUAUAUAUUGAACAAAUUAAAUGUCAAAAUUUUUUAUUACCAUAGUCCAUGUUAAUAGUGGGGCUUUCAGGUGUUUAGAGAUUUUUGUUGUUGUUGUUAACAUUCAUUGCAAAAGUACUAGAUGGUGUAUAACUCUAGAGUUGAAUUUUAAGGGAUUCCCUAAUAUGUAUACUAUCUUUUUAUCUGAAGUAAUAAAUAAACAAUGAUCUUGAAAGUGCCUGAAUCAGA